AUGAACGUAGUAAACACAGCAGCCAUGAACGUAGUAAACACAGCAGCCAUAAACGCAGUAAACACAGCAGCCAUAAACGCAGUAAACACAGCAGCCAUGAACGUAGUAAACACAGCAGCCAUAAACGCAGUAAACACAGCAGCCAUAAACGCAAAACACAGCAUCCAUGAACGCAGUAAACACAGCAGCCAUAAACGCAGUAAACACAGCAGCCAUAAACGCAGUAAACACAGCAGCCAUAAACGCAGUAAACACAGCAGCCAUAAACGCAGUAAACACAGCAGUCAUGAACGCAGUAAACACAGCAGCCAUAAACGCAGUAAACACAGCAGCCAUAAACGCAGUAAACACAGUAGCCAUAAACGCAGUAAACACAGCAGCCAUGAACGCAGUAAACACAGCAGCCAUAAACGCAGUAAACACAGCAGCCAUAAACGCAGUAAACACAGCAGCCAUAAACGCAGUAAACACAGCAGCCAUGAACGCAGUAAACACAGCAGCCAUAAACGCAGUAAACACAGCAGCCAUAAACGCAGUAAACACAGCAGCCAUGAACGCAGUAAACACAGCAGCCAUGAACGCAGUAAACACAGCAGCCAUGAACGCAGUAAACACAGCAGCCAUGAACGCAGUAAACACAGCAGCCAUGAACGCAGUAAACACAGCAGCCAUGAACGCAGUAAACACAGCAGCCAUGGUCCAACACACACAGCCCAAGAAGCAGUGGGCGCCUCACACCUCCACAGCCAGCCAGCCAAUGACAGCUAG